AUGGGAAAAGAAUUCAAAGAGCAACCACGCCCUCCCCUGCCGGGCUGCCGCCAUCGCUCCAGACACCGGAAGUCUUGCUUGGGACCAGACCUCGGGAAGGGUAGCCACGCCCUCCCCUGCCGGGCCGCCGCCAUAGCUCCAGCGCUUGGAGGGCCUGCUUGGGCCCAGACCUCUAAAAGGGUAGCUACGCCUUCCUGGGUAGCCACGCCUUCCCCUGCCGGGCUGCCGCCAUCGCUCCAGACACCGGAGGUCUUGCUUGGGACCAGACCUCGGGAAGGGUGGCCACGCCCUCCUCUGCCCACCACCACCAUAACUCCAGUGUCUGAAGGGCCUUCUUGGGCCCAGACCUCGAGAAGGGUAGCCACGCACUCCUCUACCCGCCGCCGCUGCCAUCGCUCCAGCGCCAGGAGGGCCUGCUUGGGUCCAGACCGCGGGACUGGUAGCCUCGCCCUCCCCUUCCCUACCGUCACCAUCGCUCCAGCGCCAGGAAGGUACAAUGGAGCUUUACCUAGUGGAGACAGAGGACGGAGGAAAAGCCGGUUUGCUCUCCAUAAGCGUCCCAAGGCAAAUGGCGUCAAACCUAGCACUGUCCACGUGAUAUCCACACCCCAGGCGUCCAAGGAAAGGCAGUAUGUGGAAGCUGUUGAGUUGGAGGCUAAAGAAGUUCUUAAAAAAUUAUUUCCAAAGGUGUCUGUCCCUUCUCAUUUGAGUUACAGUGAAUGGUUGCAUGGAUUUGAAAAGAAAGCAAAAGAAUGUAUAGCUGGAAUUUCAAGUUCAGAAGAAGUUAAGGUUUUAAAGUUUAAGUUGAAAGAAGCCGAUGAAAUACGCACACUGUUACAGCUGGGGUGUGAUACGUAUAAGUCAGUCCUUGCAGAAACAGAAGGAAUUUUACAGAAGCUACAGAAAAGUGUGGAGGAAGAGGAAAAUAAAUGGAAAGUUAAGGUCGAUGAAUUACAAAAGACAGUUAAGCAGGUAUUUAAAAAAGAAGAGCUCAGGGCACUGGUCCGCACAGAUAGGACCUGGGCCAACCUCAGCAGGACCACAGAGACUUUUGUGAGAAAUGCACAUUCUUAGCCCCAUUCAGACUCACUGGAUCUGAGACGUGUGAGGGACAGCAGCUUGUGUUUUCAUAAACCCUCUUGGUGAUUCCGAUGCCUCUCCACACGUGAACACUCACAAGUUUAGAGUAUGACCACAGGGGUAGUGAUAAUGUAAAGUGAUUUGAGAGAACUUCUGUGCAGUAACAUAUGGCGAAGAGUUCUGGGUUCAGAAUCAGUUUAAAAAUAUUAAUAAUUGGCCUGUAAUCUCAGCCCUUGGAAGGCUGAGGCAGGAGGAGC